AUGUGACAUUCAGAGUUUCUGAGUCCAGCAGUGGAGACUACAUGUGUAAGAGUCGACGCAGAGAUGACUCACAUUCUUCAACAGAGUGGAGUGAAGCCUUCACAUUGUCAGUAUCAACAGAUCAACCAAAGGCCCAAAUAACUUCUGAUAUGAGAGACAUUCCAGUAGGGGGCAGUGUGACCCUGACCUGCUCUGUGAACCCAUCAUCAUCAUCUGGAUGGAAAUACUACUGGUACAGAGAUGAGAACUCGUCUGAAGCCCUGACCACACAAGAUGCAGUUUUCCACUCAAAUGGACAAAUCAGUGUCUCACAGGAAGGACUCUACAGGUGCAGAGGAGGAAGAGGAAACCCAGUUUACUACACAGAGGACAGCCAGUCAGUCAGGAUUGAUCACAGGGCAGCACCUGAGCCUGAAAGCUCUUCAUUUGUCACUCCUUUGAUCGUUGGACUCGUUUGUGGAGUUUUACUGAUUCUUCUUCUGCUGCUGUUGUGUCGCUUCAAACAAUCAAAGAAUUCAUUCUUUGCCAGGAGCACAAAUCAGAGCUCUGCAAUGAACCACAUGAUCAAGGAUGAAGCUCAACACAGUCAACAUGCUUCUACUCUUCAAGGUGAUGCUUGUGUUUAUGAAUCAAUCAAAGACCUUCAUGACACACAAAAUGAUGACAGUGUGUUGUAUGCACAGGUCUCCCACGAUAGAGCUAAAACCAAGAAAGACAACGAUGACAGCCUGUUGUACGCACAGGUCUAUUACAGUAAAGCAAAACCUAAGAGACACAAAGGGAAACCAGCUCCUGCAGCAGCUGAUGAAACAGUUUAUUCUGAAGUUAAAUCACAAACAGCUCUGGAUUAAUAACAAGAUCUGCAAAACCAACUGGAUCAGUGACAAAACUGUUAAUUCCAUUAGAAGUAAAGAGAUCAUUGGAGAAAAUGAGAUUAUGCACUGUUUUGUAAAAUAAAAUAAAAUCAAACAAACUUUCUUUUAUCAUAAUAGCACCAACUGAUGAUCUGGCUUUGAGACCAGGAUGCUUUUUAGAGUGUUUUUACAUUUAGAUUGCUCAAUAAAUAAACAACAAAUGAAAAAAUAAAAAUAAACAACACUUGGAAAUGAGAAUCAUCAACCUACAGAGGGCUAAAUGCAAAGACACAUCAAAGUGACAAAAUAAUGCAGCAGGUUUUUCCAUUUUGUCAAAUGUUCAUUGCACCAACUCAAAAAAAUACUCAGUAGUCAGUUUGGCCAACAUGUGCUUCUGUGCAUGACAAUGUUGGAGCAUACGAAUAAUGAGACAAUGGUGUCCUGGGGAUCUCCUCUCAGAUCUGGACCAGGGCAUCUGAGCUCCUGGAGAGUCUGAGCUGCAGCAUGGCAGCUUCAGAUGGAGAGAAGCAUAAUGUCCCAGUUGGAUUUUGGUCCGGCGAGUGUAGGGGCCAGUCAGUGAUAUCAAUUCCUUAAUCCUCCAGGAACUGCCUGCAUACUCUCAACACAUAAGGGUGGUCAUUAUCAUACAAGGAGGAACCCAGGACCCACAGCACAAUAGAGUCUGACAAUGGGUGACAGACUCUUGAGCAUGCACUGAAUUGGCAUCCUAGAGGAGUUGGACAUCCUGUACAACCUCUGUAGCAUCCAGGGAUCGUCUCACCCUGCCAGUAAUGAUGAUGACCCCAGCCAAAUGCAAAAAUAGUGAAAAAAAUAGUCAGAAGAGAUGAGGAGGGAAAAAAAAUGUCAGUAAACUCUACCUGUAAAACAAGCUUGGGGGGGGUCGUUUCAUUGUUGCCCCUCUAGUGUACCUAGUGUUAACUGCAUUUUCUGCUACUUCAUCAAGCAGACAAGUUUGAGUGAUGUGAUGCUAAACACUGAUUAAAAAUAAUUCCUUUAACCUUUUUUUGAGCAGUGCAUGUUUACAGACGUUUCCUGUGUUGUUUCUAUAAUCAUUUGAUGUGUAUGAUAAGCAUACAUGUUUCUUUUCCCCUGGAUGAAUUAAGCAUCACUUCACAUAUUUCUAUAAAGUUGCUUUUCUUCUUUUAACAGCUUUAGGAAAAGAUCAACUUUAAAUUUUAUUGUAUGUAAGCUGCUUGGAGAGCUGCAAUUGUGUUAUAUGAAUAUGUGUUUCCUAUAAGAUAUUUAAUCUCAAAUAUUGUUACAUCUACAGUCGUGUUUGUUGAAAAACAAUUUAAAGUUGUUUGCACACUU